CGCACACGCGAGACGAUCGAGUCGAAGCGCGAACGUAAGGCGGCCAAGACCCUGGCGAUCAUCACCGGUGCCUUCGUCGCCUGCUGGCUGCCCUUCUUCUUAACCGCGCUGCUGCAAGCCACAUGCCGGACCUGCCAGCCACCCGAGAUCGUGUCCAGUGUGUUCUUGUGGCUUGGAUACUUCAACAGCACCCUCAACCCCAUAAUUUACACUGUGUUCUCGCCGGAAUUUCGGCAGGCAUUCAAAAGGAUGCUGUGCGGUGGUACGCGGGGACUUCGCUGACAGUGGAUUUAAUUCCUUUGCUC